CCCAGGCCGGGCCGAGCCGAGCCGGGUCGGGCCCGGGCCAUGCUGCUCACCGUGUACUGUGUGCGGAGGGACCUCUCCGAGGUGACCUUUUCCCUCCAGGUCGACGCCGACUUCGAGCUGCAUAACUUCCGCGCGCUGUGCGAGCUGGAGUCCGGCAUCCCCGCCGCCGAGAGCCAGAUUGUCUAUGCAGAAAGACCUCUCACUGACAACCACAGAUCCCUGGCUUCUUAUGGCUUGAAAGAUGGCGAUGUUGUGAUUUUACGGCAGAAGGAGAAUGCAGACCCUCGCCCUCCAGUGCAGUUCUCAAACUUGCCCCGGAUUGACUUCAGUAGUAUAGCUGUGCCUGGCACAUCAAACCCCCAACAGCGCCAGCUGCCCAGAGCGCAGGCUCAGCACUCAUCUCCUGGGGAGACAGCAUCGUCACCUCAAGGCUUAGACAACCCAGCCCUGCUCCGAGACAUGCUGCUGGCCAACCCGCACGAGCUGUCCUUACUGAAGGAGCGUAACCCACCCCUGGCAGAAGCUCUACUCAGUGGAGAUCUUGAGAAAUUUUCUAGAGUCCUGAUAGAGCAGCAGCAGGACCGAGCUCGGAGAGAACAAGAAAGGAUUCGUCUGUUUUCUGCUGACCCCUUUGAUCUUGAAGCUCAGGCAAAGAUAGAAGAAGAUAUAAGGCAGCAGAACAUCGAGGAGAACAUGACGAUAGCUAUGGAGGAGGCCCCGGAGAGCUUCGGCCAGGUCGCCAUGCUCUACAUCAACUGCAGAGUGAACGGGCAUCCUGUGAAAGCCUUUGUUGACUCAGGUGCCCAGAUGACUAUUAUGAGCCAGGCUUGUGCAGAAAGGUGUAACAUCAUGAGACUGGUGGACCGUCGUUGGGCUGGCAUAGCCAAAGGCGUAGGCACACAGAAGAUUAUUGGAAGGGUGCAUCUAGCUCAGGUUCAGAUUGAAGGUGAUUUCCUGGCAUGUUCCUUCUCCAUACUCGAAGAGCAGCCUAUGGACAUGCUUCUGGGACUGGACAUGCUUAAACGACAUCAGUGUUCGAUUGACUUGAAGAAAAACGUACUGGUAAUUGGCACCACAGGCUCACAGACCACCUUCCUUCCUGAGGGGGAACUCCCAGAGUGUGCCCGCUUAGCAUAUGGAACUGGGCGAGAGGACAUACGGCCAGAGGAGAUUGCAGACCAAGAAUUAGCAGAAGCCAUUCAAAAAUCAGCUGAGGAUGCAGAGAAAAGCAGUAAAGAAUCUACCUCACUGGGAAUGUCAUCGUUGCUGACUUCAGAUGGAUUCAACCAUCCAGCCCCUUCUUCAGGGCAGAGUCCUGAGGUUGGUAGCCCCACGAGUCUUGCUCGCUCUGUCUCUGCUUCAGUUUGCGCCAUCAAGCCCAGUGACCCCAAUAGCAUUGAUCCUGUAGCUAUGGAGGCUGUGAAGGCUUCAGCUGAAUUCCAGACAAACUCUCCGAAAACAGAUCCUCCUCCUCUGCAGAACCUUCCUGAUCUCGCUUCCCCAGCAGACCAGAAUCCAACUAUGCCUUUGCAUAAUUCAUCCGAAGAAGCAUUUGUUGCAGAUAAUCCAGAGAAGUUUGCUGUCGGGGGAACCCAGGGCCUCAGAGUUUAUCUCCACACCAGACAGGACACUAGUUUAUCUCUCACAACUACUGGGGUGCAUGAGCCUCAGGUAUUUGUGGAAGAAAAGAGUUGGCAUCCAGAAAAUCAGAACCCAGGUCAAGUGAAUGGCCCUCAGCAGCCUAGAGAACCACACAGAGGGAGCGGUCAGCAGAGUGCCCCACAUGACCAACAAUGUCCUUGUGACACAAAAGACCUUGAACUUCAUGAAGAAAAUCAACAGGACCAAGAAAACAUUGUCAGUUUAGAAGCUGUGAUGAAAGGAGAUGAAGUACAGGCAAAUGCUCAUCUUCUAGAUACAGGGCACUAUAGCUGCUCAUGCCCAGAAACCCUGAUGGACGUGGAUACAAUUGAACAGUCUCUGACUGUCGUGUGCAGCUCCGUGAGCAGGCAGGAUGCCAGCAUCAGGAGCCCUGGUGCACCGCAUCUUACUUCAGAUAAUCCCGCGAUGGAAAUGGAAGCAGUACACUGCAGCCCCUCACCUGAAAGCAUGGAACAUUCCAUCUCGACUUGGGGUUUGCAGCCCCCAGAAGAUAAUGUUGAAGUGUCUGCAAUGGAUAGCAAAGAUAGCAGCGCUUCCUCUUCCCCUCUAAGUGACCACGGUCAGCCCUCUGUGGAGGCAGCCGAAGAAUUUUGUUCAUCUGUCACAGUGGCCUUGAAAGAACUGCAUCAUCUUUUGGUCAUUAGCUGUAAGCCAGCUUCGGAAAAUGCACCUGAAGAUGCUACCUGUCGGUCAGAGAUGCAAGCUGAAAGCCAAACAGGUACUUUGGACCUUUCCAGAAGGAGGGCCCAGAGUGAGAAUCCGACCCCUAGUGACCAGUAUCCCCAAGUCUCCUGUCACCAGGCCACCUCUGAAUCAGAGAAGACAGAAAUCAUAGGCAGCACAUCUUGUCUUGGGAUAGAACAUGGAGCGUACACUAGCUUCAGGGGUCUGGGUGAUGGCUUGUCAACUGGCAAAGAUGGUGUCCCCAGACCAAGGGAGUCAGUCAGGAAGAGCUGUUCUGUCGCCAUAACCUCAGCUAAACCAUCUGAUCGGCCACAUUGCACCUCAGGUGUGGAAAUUUCACCCACAUUUGCAGCAGGUGAGGAGGGUACGCACAGUCAACCUUCCGAGCACGUGCAGAAUCCAGGCACAGACGGGCCGGAGACCAACAGUGUUUGCCCUGGAGCUUCGCCGCCCUCCCAUGGAUUGGACCCACCUGUCAGUCAGCCCUUGUCUUCUCCCCCCACUCUUCCACCCUUCAUCUUUCCCACUGCUGAUGUUAACCGGAUUCUUGGUGCAGGCUUCACUCUGCAGGAAGCCCUUGGGGCUUUGCAUCGAGUUGGUGGGAAUGCAGACCUCGCACUUCUUGUUUUGCUAGCAAAGAACAUUGUAGUCCCUACGUAAUUGUGGGAAAGCGGCUAGACCGUACCCCAUUCCCUCUGUGAAAGCUCUCCACACAGACACACUCACCACAUACAUACACAGUAUAUGUAGAAACCAACCUGCAAGCAAAAUGUUGAGCCAGAUUUUUUUUUCCCGGCCAAAGUAAUUUAUGAUCUUUUGUCUGAUGAAUUUGUCUAUUUUACUUGUUAAAAUUUGGGCCUUUUAAAAUGUAUUGGCAGUAUGUGCAUACAAAAGCUUUUUAUUCUCAUUAAGAUGAUGUAUUCUGUAAUAAAACAGAUGGUUUUGUGUAUAGCAUACCAUUUUAGACGAGUGAAUGCUUUGAAAGCAGGAGCCACAAGGACCCUGCCACCCGUGCAGCUAGGAACAGGCCAGCCGCCGGCUGUGGCUCUGGCUGUGCUGUGUGCAGAAUGUGGCUUGUAACAGGAAUCUGGAGAAGAAUUCAAUAACUCCUGGAGUUGUAUGUUUUGGUUUGUGUGCUCAGGGUUGACAUUUAAAUAGGGUGAGCGGGAGGGCUUAAAACUUGGGCUGUCUUGUGCUUCAUAGGCUGCUGCAUGGAUUGAUUGCCAGAUACCUUUAUGACGGUGGGUGGGGCGUGGGGGGUUCACAUUAGAAUGAGACAUGGUGCUACUUGUAUUUAAAAAGGGAAGGGGAAAAAAACUGAUCAUAAUUCCAUUUGCAAAUGUCAAGGACUGUGAGUAGGAGAUAAUAAUGACUUAGACAAAACACUGGAAUAUACUAGAGAUAGGACUCUGGGCAUCUCAUUGACAUCCCAGCCCUCAGUGCUCAGCCCCCAGGAGCCCUAGCUUCUGAAACACACCUGCUGGGAAGGUCUUCCCAUGCUCACUCUGAACUGAGCGAGACUGAGCUAGGAGAACCUUUGUCCCUGGUCCUCUCGGUGCUUAGACUGGUCAGUCUGUGAGUGUCCUUCAUGGCAGUGGGUACAACCGAAGUUCUGACGACAGUGGCCUUGGUACAGUUUCCAUCCCUUUCUUUCCUCAGGAGUUUCUUUUCAAAGCAGGAUCCAUGUUUGUGUUCACCACAUUGAGUUAGAGUGGGGCGGAAUGCGGAGAUACGUUUGCCGUGGCCUUUUUAAUGUAAGUCUUCGCUUUGUAAGUCGUCCUGUGGCACCCACUGUGCAAUAAUCCCUCUGGACAGGCUUGAAAGCAUCCUUUCCUAGAACAUAAACCGUUGUCUUAGUUGUUUGGCAGGAAUCUGGAAUCUUGUUUUUCUCGAAAAGGAUCUUGAGAACAGUUCCUGGUGAGAGUUUGCCGAAGUGAAGGUGUUGAAAUCGGUUUCUGGACUUAGCACUAGCUGAUUUGUGUCUAAAGUCCACCUCUCUCUCCUCUCCCUCUCAAACUUGUUCUUUCCAUCAGAACUGAAGUCAUUGAGCACAGGCGGGUUCACAUCUCAGGAAUCAGUGAAACUUUAGGAGCACUUACAGGGAUCUGUUCUCUGGUCCAUUUCUUCUUUUUGCCACGCUGCUUGUGUGCCGAGACUCACUUCAGCGACAUGAUGGCAGGUCACACACAGUAUCACGACCCUUUCUGGAGUUUGGAAGUGGUUGCUGGGUGGCCUUGUGGUUUCUCUUCUCUGUUAGGCACUCAGAACAUCAGGCUAGCCGAGAAGUUCUUUGUUUCAGACAAGCACAGCCUGUCCACCCUUUGCUUGUCGCACCAAAGUUGUGUGUGUGACACACUGGGAAGCUACCAAAGUUGUGUGUGUGACACACUGGGAACCUGCUCCCAGGAGUCUCUUACCUGAUACAGAGUUGUGGCUAAAAGAUCAAGUAGUAGCACACUGAGGCCUGGUGUUUGCUUUGGGGGGUGUGGGGUAUAUUUUAGGGUUAUUAAUCUUUGGGGCCACAGGGUGGGGUAUGUAGAGAAGGUACUGAUGAAAGACUGCCACUGCCGCCCCCACACAUCCCAGAAAGCCUUCUGAACAGAGGAACUACCGUGCAAGACCAGUGGUUUGGCCACUGACUUUUUAAAAUGGAUGUUUGGGAGAGAGCCCUAGGCGGUAUCAAAUACCAGUCUGGAGAAGAUGUCACUACAAUAGCUUUUAAUGAAUCUACAUGUAUGUUCAUUUUUAGAAGCAAACUGAUAGACCAGAUAGUCCUUUGGACUCCUUGGACUGAGCUUAGCUCACUUGCCAAAUACUUUGUUCCUUUAGGUCAUUACUUUGUUUUCAGCAUAGUUACUUUUGAGUUUUAAACUCUUAUCAAAAAUAAAUAAAAGAUCUGGCAUGCUGGCAUAUACCUUUAACCCCAGGAGGCAGGCAGAUCUCUGCUAGUUCAAGGCCACCCAGAGCUACAUUAGUGAAAUGUCUAAAAACAGAAAGGUGGGGGGGGUCUUCUAUCUGACAUUAGUGAAAAGUAAAGUUAGGAAUUGACUGACUUAAAUUGAGCAGUCUUAAGAACAGGACAUGAAAGGAUGUGACCCUAGUGGACCUUCAUUGUCAGAUUUCACUUAGUAGCUGACUACCAAGGGUUAGAUCCAUCGUCGUGCAUCCUGGUGCCCAGCAUGUCGGACUACAGCCAUAACCACAAGGGGCAACUCGCUUACCAAACAUUGUCGGCGCUUACCUCCAGUGCUGAUCUCCGUUUGUGCACCAAAGAGGAUUUUCUUGUCAGGCUUGUGCUGAAGCUGGUGUGCAGAGGGGGCUUGGUAGCCAGACAGCACAACCGCAGCUGGGGCUCUGGCCCUCUGGAUGUGCUAGUUCAGGCCUUCAUCCCACAGUUUGGGCUCUAGGUUGGUAGGUGAAGAGGAGUCCAAUUGUUUGGUACGGAAGCUUGAGUCAGUGGUGAAGAUCCCAGCCCCUCUGACUGCAGUGUCUACCCAAAGCUUUUCUCUGGCAAGAGGAAUGGGGCUGGGCCUGGUGUCCCUGAUUUCGUAACCAGCCUGUGUAGCGUCUGCCUGUUCGUCCCUCUCUACAGCUUUCUGUCUUUAGCGAAAGCCAUAAGAAUUUGUUUCAACUUUUCAGCUGAUGUCUAUAAAUAAAUAUGUAAACUAUCAUAUAGAAGGUGAUUGACAAAUGUUUUGCAUAGGUCGAAAAGCUUCUGUGUCCACAGAUGCCUGCACAUCUGGCGGCUUUUCUUCCUACUGUGUAUAUAGUAAACUGCCUUGUGAAUAGCUCUGCAGGAGAGUCAAGGCAAAGCUCCUUUCCUUGUUGUAUGUUUUUGUUGUUGUUCUUUUGUUUUUGUUUUUGUUUUUUUGAGAUAGGAUCUUGCCAUAGCCCAGGCUGGCCUCAAACUCACGGCAGUUCUUCUGCCCCAGCCUCUAGAAUGCUGGGAUUAUAGGCUCAUGCCACCGUGCCCAGUUCACUCAAUGCAUUCCGAUUGCUACCUGUGAUGAGUGUGAGCGAUGUGGCUGAACUGGUUGGCUUAUCACUAGCAGUACUGCAUGGCUUACUGGGAGAACUCCUGCAUAGCAUGUGAGGUCGAGGGUUUAAUCCUUACUACCAAAAUAGAAAAAUAAAGGCCGAUCUUGGUGAUGCAGGAGCCUGUGGCUGACAGAGGUUACCAUGUACUUCCCUCCUGGAGAAUGAAGGCGUCUCAUCUCAGUAGUUAAUGUAAGAUAGCGUUUUGUGUUUCCUGGGAAUGAGUUCCUCUUGACAGCAGAAAGUCAACUCAGCAGUCCCUGAGGGCUGGCACUGAAUUCCUGUGCGUGCUUGCCUGAUCCCCUGAAUGUUGGCAGAGCCGCAGGAGGGAAUUCGGGGUGAGCCUUGGAUGCACUUGCUUUUCUUUUGUGCCUUAAUUGUUUUUGACUAGCAGAAGCAUCACAUCUUGGGAGUAUCAGGGAAAAGUCAGAGGGCAGCUCUCCGGGAGAGGGCUGGCCACGGGGUGUGGUCCCUGGCUCGCUGCCACUUCAUCAAACAUUAGGUCUCCCCAGAUAGGAGUUUCUGCAUCCUGUAUACCAAAAGAUGGUUUCUCGGCGUUUCGUAGGUUUUGUGUUAUGCAUUUUGUGCUUUUAAGAGAAAUCAAAUCUUACAUUCUAGAUGAGAAAUUAGUUCCUCCUAUCAGGCUGUGCAGUAUGGGCAAGAGCCCAUUGAUUUUCCAUCAAACAUUGAGUAGACCUGAAGCCUGGGAGCUCAGCAGCACCUGACCCAGACUGGAGCCUGGCCUUAGAAGCCUUCAGUCUAGGAGAGACACGAGGCAAGGUUUAACCAAGAUCUGUUUUUACCUAUUGGCAUGCUUUUGUUUUUGAGAAGAGAUUUAACGUAGCACAGGCUGACCUUGAACUAGUAAUCCUCAAGCAGAUGGGAUUAUGAGGUUUUAGGCACAUUUUAUAGUAUCUGGGUAGCCUGCUUUCAUUUUUGAAUAUACUUGGUUGUAGUUUAGAACCAACUGGGAAAAAAAUCAAGGCCACAAUGGAAUCAGAUGCUGUAAACCUAGAGGUAUAUUUUAAAAUGUUUAGUUUAGUUUAGUUUAGUUUAAACAAUGAGGGGCUGGAUGUGGUGACACACACCUUUAGCUGUAAAUGCAAAGCCAGUCAGGGCUACAGGGAGAAACUGUCUCAAAAUGAGUAAAAAUAAAAAAUGAGUGGGGGAAUGUAGCCCAUUGAUGAUGGGUAGGGCGCUUGCCUAACUGCAGGAGCCUCAGUUCAGCCUGGACACUGCAUGACCUGGGUGCGGCAUGUGCAGGUAACCCCAGCCCUGGAGAAGUAGAGACAAGAGGAUCAGAAGUUCAAGGUCAUUCUUGGCUACAUCUUGAGUUUCAAGGCCAGCUUUGGUUACAUGAAACCUUGGUGGGAAAGUUUUGGUAGAACACUUGCCUGGCAUGUACAAGGCCCUGGGUGUGACCCUCCAGCACUGCAAAGAAAAAAUAGUUUUAACUGAAAAUGUAAUAGAAAUAACUGAAAAGAUGCUGAGGAAUCAAUGUGUAAUGCUGUUGACCAGAAAGCAGGCCUGAGAGGGAUCCAGGGAAAUGGAACCAGUUGCCUUUCCUUCCCUGAGGAUGGGUGCCACACUGAUGAGGGUGAGCGCAGACCGUCUGGGAGAGCAGAGCUCAGCAGAGGCCUCUGUGGUGCACUGUUUAAGGCGGCUGAGUGCAGUGUGGAGCUGGAAACGCAGAGCAGAAAGAGUAGUCGACGACGGGUGGGGUGGCAGGCAGCGCUGCUUUGCAGAACUCUGCGUGCUCUGCAAGACAUUCUCCAACCUGCCGUCUGAGAUAGCCCAGCGUGUGCAUUCCUGAAGCGUGGAAGGAGAGUAGAGUGUUAGUGAUUGGUCGGAAAUACACUCAGAAGUAAACCAGGAGUAAAGAGUGGGACACUGGUGAGGGGCUGUGUAAAGUGUGGUGGGGGGCUACUAAGUUUUAGGAUACUAUCUAGGGAAAUCUACCAAGAAAAUAGCUCAAGAACAUAGGAGUUUCUUUACCUGCAAAGUUUGAACCACAGAUCAGGAGUCAGUAUGGAAUGCAAGAUCAGAUUGCUUCUUACAGAGCCGUGCUAAGUAAGCAUCCUAAGCCAGUUGAGUGGCUAAUUUGGGUAAGGGGCAUUUUCCCUGGGCCUGUUCAGGUGAUGGGCAGUGAUUGUACUUAGAAUUUGGUAGUCCACAACCUGCAGACUUAAAUAAAUGUCGGUGAUUUGCAGAGUAGAUCUGUGUUCCUACGUGAGCCAGCCAGAUCUGUGUUUCCAGGCUCCUUGACCGGACCGUUAAACCUGGGAGACACGUGGCUCACACCAUUCCACCCCAGUGCUUGGGCUUUGUUUUUCCCUGCCCUGCACAGACACCAGGGGAAUCCUUUGUGCUAAUCGAAUCUCCUCUGUCACACACCUUCUGAGAGACUAAUUGUGUAUUUGUAUCCGGAUCUCUUCAUGGUGAGUUGGGUAGUGGCUUCAGCCCCUAGCAGAGGCUUGUUCGGUGGUUUCCUAACCCCACUUGGCAGGCCGUGACUGGGAAGCCCGCUUUGCGUCCUGCAGUAACCUGUGUGAGGCUGGUCGGCACAGCCUUCUUAAGUGGUCCAGUCGCACCCGCAUGCUUUGAGACUAGGGAAAACAGAGUUUAUGGGAGCUGUGCUCAGUCGUCCCAGAGUUGGUCUUGUGCCACUGGUUAGGACCUGUCUGCAGCUGAAGAACGCACUAGAUGCCUUUGAGUUUGAUUUUCUUUUCUUUUUUUUUUGGUCACACUUUGAAAUGUAAGUCAGCCCUGAAUAAUCUAAACACUUUAUUUUAUUUUUCUUCUUUAAUAGGAAUUUUCUGAAGAAAACGUGAUGUGUAAAACCUUUGAUAUUUAAGAUAAUAAAGUUUUUAUCAUAAGAAA